AUUUGGUCACGAUGUACAAAUAUAGUUAUUAUAUUAGAAUCUUAUUUCAGAAGAUGAGCUCUGAUGUCUGUGAGCGAAAAUUUCACGAGAGACGAAUCCUAUUCCUAUUCUUGUCGUAGUGUCGUAGUCUACUUCUACCUUAUCAAAUUCAGAAUUCUCAAGGAUCAAUAAAAGUCUAUGAUCUAGGAUCCGUGAGGUUCAUCCGGAGCAUCAGAACCACCCAAGAAUAGAAGACGCCGGUGAUCCUAAUCGGGAACCAAAAAGUGAAAGAGAAGGAGGAGAAGACAAAAGUAGAGAACCACUAAAGCAAGUAGUGCAACAAUUAAAUAAACACCUUUUUUACCUCUCGAAUGGGUAUACUACUACUUCUACUACUACUACUAUCUUAAGGGUUGAAACAUUUCAUUUUUACAAGUCAUUUUCCCCUAUUCCCUUCUUGUUAGGAUUGGGAGAAAUGGAGGCAAGAAAUGAAUUGUUUCAACCUCUAACUAUCAUAGUGGCAGGAGCAGCCAGACCCAGUCCCAGAGCUAGGGUUACACAGGGUAAGAUGUCACGCUCUUCAGCACCACAUGCAGCAGGUCCACGGGAUUAAGGCGAAGAAUCUAAGAAGCUGAAAAAAAAUCUAAUUUGAAGCGUGGUCAUCUUGAUCGCAUUGUUGCAUUAUAAGUAUCUGGAUGUGACGCAUCAACUGGAUCAUGGAGUAAUAUCGAUGCGCUUGCUCGUCUCCUACACUUGUUCGUUACAAGUCGGAUCAUCUAUCAAAGACAAAGGAGUGAUCAUGAAGAUGGAAUGCUCCUCAAGGCCAAAGUAGAUUAAUCUAUCAAACACAACCUGGACAUUUUCCUCGUUUACAUAAAAAUUUUUGGUCCUCAGGAGUUCGCUAUUUAUUAAGUCUAAAUACAUGUUGUGUCCAGUUUCGGUGGUGGAGCAACAACAAUCCUCGAUCAUGCUACAGCAGCAGCUUCUUCUUCUUCUUCUUCUUCUGCUCCAAGAACAGUCCUCCCUUCUGCCACUUCAGCGUCUUCGACUUCCACGACAUCAAGCAACACUAAUACAAGCAAUGCUAGUACUAGUACAACAAUCCCUAUGAAAGAAAAAAGUGCCCUCACACUCAAAAAAAGUGGCUAUUUUCCUACUUAAAUCCUAGCCAAUUUCUUGAGUGUGAGUGCACUUCUUCGCUUCAUAAUCCCUGCUUCAUCUAGCACGAGCAGGAGGACACGCCUUUCACCUACUUCUUCAAGAUCCGUGUUGUGUCUCUACACUGGAGGGACUAUUGGCAUGCGCAAGGAUGCAGACACCGGCGUUAACCAUCCCGUGGCGCAUUAUUUUCCAGCGAUGCUGAAGCGUCUUCCAAUGCUGAAUGAUCCGGAGUGCGAGACGGAGGAGUUUGUAGUAAGAGGAGUCUGUAUUAAGUAGAGUUUGUAGUAUUAAGUGAUAUGAUCAUGUUGUUCUUGUUGAUGUUGGGAAAAAAAGAGGUAAUUAAGGAUAGGAUAGAUGGCAUUGCAACAUGGAGUAGAGGACCCGGCUUUCUCUUGUCUCCUACUGAAGAUGAAGUGGAGACUUGUGGCAUAUAUUAUUGUAGAUUUGAUAGAACAAGAGUAAGCCAGCAGAGUGGACGGCGAGUUCAAGUAGAGGAAUGGAUUUUCACCACUACAGUGACUGAAAAUUUGCUAUCUUGCUUUGCCUUUGUCUAGUCUAAUCAGGAAGCGAACCUACACUGGUCCGGAACAAGUAGAACAUCCAGAGCAUCAACAUCACGAAAGAACGUCUCAAGAUCUAGUGACGCAUCUUGUGUCGCCAGAAGUUUUAGUUGGCGCACGGAUGCAGGUGACGAUUGUAGAGUAUCCAAAACUAUUGGAUAGUUCGAACAUGACACACCACGACUGGCUAAGAAUGGCGAAAGAUGUUGCAAGAAAUUACGAUAACUUUGAUGGAUUCUUUAUGGCGAGGAUGGUAUUUGAGUUGAGUAUCUAAUCUUAUGUGGAACUAGAAGAAUAGGGAAGGUGGCCAACGGGGGCGGUGACCUUCUCAUUCUCAAGAUGAGGAAGGAAUUGACUUUCAUUUUCAUCUUCUGGUGAUGCUCAAGGGUCUUUGGAACAACUUGUUUAACAUACAUUCUUGCACCAGAAAUAGUUUCGCCAGCAUCGUCCAUCACCAUGCCAAGGUGCUUCGGGUGGUCAAAGUGGUGCAUCUAAUUGCCGCAUCGUCCACGGAACGGACACAAUGGCUUACUCUGCUAGUGCGCUCUCCUUCUUCUUCGAAAAUCUUUCCAAGCCUGUGGUUUUCACAGGUAGCCAAAUCCCUAUGGAGCAACUCAGGAAUGAUGGAUUGAUUUAUGGCUGGUCGUCAGAUGUCAUCAACUGAGCUCAACACUUCAUCUAGUUCUAAACUCUUUAUGGUGGUGGUGGGUAGGAGACGUAGAUGUGCUUGUGCUGCUGUUUAGUGUUUGUGCUUGUGGUUAUUUCAUUUUUUCAGACUGACGACCAGAAGUGGGAGAAAUCGUGAAAAAAUAACAUAGGAAGAGAAGGAGCCCGUAGCUGCCAUGCAGUUUCAUUUUUCUAGAUCGAAUAUGGAAAGAACCAAGUACAAGUAUAAGAAACAAUAACAAACCUUUAGAGUUACACCUCUUACUUUCCAAUUCCUGAACUGUGAAAGUGUAACUACAAGUGGAACGCCGCGACUUGUCGGCACCUCGCGUGUAGACUUAGCAAAGGCGCCCUAUCCUAACCUAUCCUAACCUAUCCUAACCUAUCCUAACCUAUCCUAACCUAUCCUAACCUAUCCUAACCUAUCCUAACCUAUCCUAACCUAUCCUAACCUAUCCUAACCUAUCCUAACCUAUCCUAACCUAUCCUAACCUAUCCUAACCUAUCCUAACCUAUCCUAACCUAUCCUAACCUAUCCUAACCUAUCCUAACCUAUCCUAACCUAUCCUAACCUAUCCUAACCUAUCCUAACCUAUCCUAACCUAUCCUAACCUAUCCUAACCUAUCCUAACCUAUCCUAACCUAUCCUAACCUAUCCUAACCUAUCCUAACCUAUCCUAACCUAUCCUAACCUAUCCUAACCUAUCCUAACCUAUCCUAACCUAUCCUAACCUAUCCUAACCUAUCCUAACCUAUCCUAACCUAUCCUAACCUAUCCUAACCUAUCCUAACCUAUCCUAACCUAUCCUAACCUAUCCUAACCUAUCCUAACCUAUCCUAACCUAUCCUAACCUAUCCUAACCUAUCCUAACCUAUCCUAACCUAUCCUAACCUAUCCUAACCUAUCCUAACCUAUCCUAACCUAUCCUAACCUAUCCUAACCUAUCCUAACCUAUCCUAACCUAUCCUAACCUAUCCUAACCUAUCCUAACCUAUCCUAACCUAUCCUAACCUAUCCUAACCUAUCCUAACCUAUCCUAACCUAUCCUAACCUAUCCUAACCUAUCCUAACCUAUCCUAACCUAUCCUAACCUAUCCUAACCUAUCCUAACCUAUCCUAACCUAUCCUAACCUAUCCUAACCUAUCCUAACCUAUCCUAACCUAUCCAAACCUAUCCUAACCUAUCCUAACCUAUCCUAACCUAUCCUAUCCUAUCCUAGUCCAAAACGGUCUAAGGCUCGAAUUUAUGUGGUGCACUUCAAUUGGCGGCUUUCUCCGAGAUACCGGAAGUGACCCUCUACUUCGAUUCGAAGCUGUAUCGUGGUUGUCGUGUCACCAAAAUCGACUCGACAAACUUGCACGCGUUCGACAGUCCGAAUUUUAUGAGCACAUUCUUGAUCUACAAACUACUUAUACAACUUGGUUGCAACCGUUUGAAGAUUUAGAUUUUGAAGAUAGUCCGAAUUUCAUCAUGACGACCACAGUCCUCCGACCACAUUCUACAAACUUGUACAACUUGCAACCGUUUGAAGGUCCUACAACUCCCGGAGUUGAAUUGUCUCAACCUCUAACACUGCUUUCCUGAGAAAGAGACUUAGAGACAAGACCUCUUCUAAGAAUCGUCCACCACUUUGCAUUGCUGGCAUACAUUAUCGGUUUUCCAAAGGAAUACGAGGCUCUCCGCGGAAUCAAUCAGGAGUAAGGCAAAGGCUGAGGCUCGUCUUAGGGUCCCUAGAAGUCCAUGAAGAUCAUGAUAACAAGCAAGUGGAACAAAUACAGGCAAGAGGUCUUCAUUAAUACGAUCACCGCGACCAGCACCAACAUUGUUUAGUACCCAUCUCCAUUAACUUCAGGUAUACAAAAAAAAACACAACACAAAAAAACAAUGCUUUGUCUUCAUGCAUACGAUCACGUGCCAUCACUGGCCCUCCACCAAGGACUUCGCCGUUCUCUUCGUCUCCCUCAACGUCGUUUUCAAUGCGUUUAUUGGCACAUUUUGAACACCGGAUAUCGAUAAUUCGCAUUUUUUAUGUUGACAGGAGAAGACGCAAUCGUUGCGAGUUGACCUCGUCUUGCCGGUGAUUCGACAUGAUCACCUGAGACGCAAUGAUGAUGAUGACGAACUAGUACUAGGCUCCGUAAUUAUUAGAAUAGAAGAUCUCUAUUGCUUAUACUGUUUCGAUGUGAGUGAAAUAACUGGAAAUAUCUGAAAAAAAUAGUGACAGCGCAGCUUUCUUCCUGCUAACAAAAUUGUCCAAUUUAAAACCAACUAAGUAAAAGUAAUCCCAAAACCGUAGUUGACCACUACUUCCACUAUGACAGAGGACAAAUCAUAACUUUCGCACCCACUCCACUUCUUUUUCAUUUUUUUCCGGGUAUAUUUACCACAACCCGCGAGACCUUAAUGGGUUUACGCGGUCUUGUCCUACAGACAUUUGGCGAAGGGAAUGCGCCGAGUGACCAGGGAUACUUUUUAGACUCUCUCAAAUUAAGGCUUGAUGUAGUUGUGGUUGUUGAUGGCAAGAACCUUUUAAGUGGCAAUGAUGAUGAAAAGUAUCUAUAUCGUCCGCACUAUCUUGUUUUUAAUAAGGUCAUGGAGGAGCUAUUGUGUCAGGAGGAGGAGCUCUAACAAGCGAGGCAAUUGAUCGUGGCUGCGUUGUCGUAAACGUCUCGCAGUGCCUCCGAACGCAGGCGCCGUCAAAGGGAUUAGCUUUAAGACUCUCACUAUCUUCACCAGGAUGACUCCUCUAUCCACCAGGAGGAAUACGCACGACCACGUCUUUACCAGGAGUAACUAUUUACAGCUAAGCUGGAUCUAUUUCGUUUACCUACUAGCUGUAUCUAGUAUGGUUCUUUUUCUCUUGUACGUUUACCUAAGUACGUACUAGUUGUACACGUCAAAUAUCACAAGAAUAAGAUUAUCAUUAAUAAACCCCCUGCUGCUGGUCGGUGCUUGUCCUUGCUUUAAGCUCAGCACCCAUAGAACCAGACGAACAAGAGCCGCUGGUGUCACAGAGUGCGUCCUAUGCGACAGGAGCAGCGUUGGAGAGUAUAGUUAAGAGUAUAGUUAUACAAUUACUAAUACUUCUAGUAAUAGUAUGUUCUUGGUGAAGUUGACCUCUCCCUGAUCGUAUCUUCGACCUUUUCAAUGGGGAAAAGGCUAGAAGAUAUGCGAGCUAUAAUGUCGUAGGCCACUUAUGGAUCUACCGCUAAUAUAAGCGUGGUCUCCGGAGGUGAUAUGACACCAGAAGCCGCUCUAGUGAAAUUGGGAUGGCUGUUGGGGAGUUCCAGAUUGACACCGAGACAGGUUCGUAGCUGGUUUCAACGCGAUUUGAGAGGAGAAACGUCUUCUAUUAUGAUGUAGGUCUAGGUCUAGGCUCACGUAUUCUAAUGUAGGUCUAGGUGUAGGUUCGUAGCUGGUUUCAACGCGAUUUGAGAGGAGACAAUAUGUGGGUAAGAAGUGCAAUGUCUUCUAUUAUGAUGUAGGUCUAGGUCUAGGUCAUUUCACGAGUUGUUUAUGAUGUUGGGGAAAAGGCUGGGUCUGGCAGAAGGCUGUAGCACAGGGUUGAUGCUGCGCUCGUUGUACUUCUUGGUACUAGAUAAGGGGGCCUCACUAUAGCGUAAGAAGUGCAAUAAUUCAGCUCAAAGCCGCUCAGGCGUCAAAAGAUACCUCCAGAACAGGUAAAUGGAUGAAGGAAUGAAUAAAACUACGCGGGUGAUCGUGUCGCGCUUCCUUCUAAUUUCAGCUCACACUAUCUCCAAGGCCAAUUUGGACAGCACUCGCCGAGGCGCAGUCGGUUGUAGUCUUGCUAUUAAAAAGAGCGAAUACAACGAAUGGUGUUGGUGGCACUGGAACUGGAAGCGAGCAUUGACAAACCAACUCCAGAAAAAGAGGACGCGCCGCCUCACAUUCACCCGAUGAAGAAGAGAUCGCAACUUUCGUCUGUGAAUGGAAACAUCAAAAAGUAGAUUAUUAUGUAUGAUAUUCGUGGAUAUUGUUUGAUAUUUUUUCAAAAUUGAUAUGAGCCAAAUGGGGUUCAGCUCCUCGCCAGGGUGGUCAACAUGUUAAGAUUGAUACAGAUAGAAGUUCUUCCUUAUUAAGUUUUUUCUUACUCUUGCUGGAGAUGGUGCUAGUAGUCGUAUCGAAAAAUCCAAAGCAGCUACAGCUAGGUAAAGUGUGAUACAAUUUCAAAAACAUACAUGUUCAUGUUGUAAGGAGACACUACUCAGAGACUCCGAUUUGUACCAUGCAUAUGCUAUGACCGCGACGACAGUGAGGACUGCGACGCCUCCUAAUCUUCAUCUGUCUUAUCGUUUCAUCUGUCGGGAGAAAA